AUGAACUUGGCAAGAGCUGGGCGCCUUUGCUCCACUCCGCAGCCCAGUCCCCUAAGCUCCGACCGGGAUGAGGUUGAGAUCGACGUGCUGGCAGAGGAGGAAGAUGGAGACCAGACGGAGGACGAGGAAGAGAAGGGGGAGAUAAGCCAGAUGUGCCUGGAGCCACAGUUGCCGGGGUCCGGGGCCCGCUCGCUUCCCUGGAGGAGCACGGGGGACCGCGGCGACCUGAGCAACCCCUCCGGGCUCGUCCGCAAGUUCCGAGCGCCGCGGACAGCCGCGACCGCCGCCACGGACGGUCCGCAGCCCGCCAAGCCCCCGUACUCCUACAUUGCGCUCAUUACCAUGGCCAUCCUGCAGAGCCCGCACAAGCGCCUGACACUCAGUGGCAUCUGCGCCUUCAUCAGCAGUCGCUUUCCCUAUUACCGCCGCAAGUUCCCCGCCUGGCAGAAUAGCAUCCGCCACAACCUGUCGCUCAACGACUGUUUCGUCAAGAUCCCCCGCGAGCCGGGCCACCCGGGCAAGGGCAACUACUGGAGCCUGGACCCCGCUUCCCAGGACAUGUUCGACAAUGGUAGCUUCCUCCGGCGCAGGAAGCGCUUCAAGCGCCACCACCCGCCCCCGGGAGGCCACCCGCACUGUCCCUUCCCUCCACACGCUGUGCCCGCAACCCUGCACGUCUCCCACCCAAGCCUCCUGCUCCGCUACCCUACGCCGCUGCAGCCCGGCCUCGGAACCCGUCCCACCGCCCCGCCCGGGAGUCGCCCCUGCAUGCCGCUGCACCCCCAUCCUCUCCGCUACCUGCUACUCUCCACCCCCGCCUACGCCGAAGCGCCUAGAAAAGCCAAAGAUGCGGACCCGGCCGCACCCCGUGCCAUCCCCGCACUGUCACCUGUACUGAGUUCCCAGCCUUGGGGCGGGAACGAGGACGCGAAAUCUCGGCCGGGUCGAGGGUGUACCUCGUUCACCAUUGAGAGCAUCAUGCAGGGGGUCAGAGGAGGAGGAACUGGGGCUGUGCAGAGUCCGCCCUCGGUUCCGUGGAGCUACUGCCACCUGCUGCAGCACCCAGCGUGCCUGCUGCACCCCCAGGCUGUUUCCCCUUUGCUGCAAGUGUCCGCCGCCGCCCGGACAGUGUUGCAGCCUCAGCCUCAGCAGGAGGAGCACUGUUCCAGGAGCUGCGCUCCAGGUAAAGGCGCGAGGCUGGGCCGGCACCUGUCGGCCGUUGCUGCGCUGCUGAAGCAUCAACCUGCCGCCGAGGACAGCAGACUGACAACUCUGGCCGCCUUUUCGGGCAGAGAGGGGACCUUGCCAGCGUUCUAAACAAUGUCCAAGCCCAGUCUCCGGGCUGAUUCACCCUGGCACACCUGGAGUCAAGAGGUAGGGCGGAACCACUCGCUGUCUAGGUUUGCAUCACUUGCCUGCUAGACUUGUGCGUGGAAAACCAGCAGCGGAGCAUGCAGUAAGUCCCGCCAAACUUUUUACUACUGUGUUCUGCUCUCUUGAUAACCCAAACGCAGGGCAAUCUGUGAGCUUCAGGUCUCGCCUUGUCUUGUCCUCUUCAGUUGUGGCUUCCACGGCGUUUCCGAUUUGCAUACUUCCCGGGGACCUAUGAACUAUGAACGUGAGUGCGAUGUUUUGUUGUUAAUAAAAAACAGAACAGCUGGCAACACAAAACACCCCCAUCUCCAUUCCUUAGGGACUGCAGUUGAUCCCCAGUCAAAUGCAGAAUG